CGCGACGUUCAUUCGUCUUUCGCGUACCGUCGAGUUACAAUCGCACGCCUAACGUCAACGAGCUUCGUACUGUGUUCUCGCGUUGCUACUUACAUAGUUAACUCGUGUACAAAGGAAUUUCGGGAGUUCAGAAGAUCUUUCUACAGGAUUAUUAUUUGUAGGUAAACAAAGGAUAGACUGUUAGUAUGCCAUUGCACGCAGAAGCUGUGACUUUUUAUUGUAAGCAGUAUUGACUGACAUUUUCGACACUGCCGUGUACAAUGAUCUAGUGUUUACUUCAUGAAAAUACAUACAGACGCUCCAAGCGGCGGCGAUUUGUAAUAAUCGGUACCUAGUUGUCUUACCUGAAAAUGAAUUAAAUAACAGUUUUGUGGUAUAAACGAUGGUGCUUCACCUGUAAUAGUCUGAGUAAAAAAGUUUUGUCUGUAAAGAUUUCUACAGCGUACCUGGACACUCCAUAACCACUCGUUAAUCGUUAAAACAAACCGCGUCUAAAUAAACAGUCCACACCGGGGAAUCCUCCUCGCUACUAGCAAUCGAGAUGUUCUAAAGGCCGGGACUGUUGACGAAGUGUCAUACAUCUCGUGAAAAUACAUACAUCGAGUGGUACAGAAGGUACGAGAAUUCAUUAGCUGAAGUAGACUACCUGCAAAGGUUGAUUCUCAAGGAAAAAGAAACAAGACUCAAGAAAAUACAUAUAGUGGCAACAACACAAAAGACACAAAGUAUCGACAUACAUUAUUUGAAAUACAUAUAUUCUAAGCAUAAUACACACAUCUGAACUUACUCGAAAAUUAAUUAAGCCGCCACUAAUUAAUUGCUACGAACUGUCACUGUAAAGUACACACAAGCUUCCAGUGCUCCACGUGGAUCCUAAAGAACGUGCUUCAAACUCUUCCUUCUCCAGUCUGCUCGCACGUGCCACGAGUGCUGGAAUUUUAUUCCCCUAAAAGAAAGGGAAUACAGAUCAGAAGCGGCCACCCCUUAUAACGAGGCGUGGUGGAUCUGGUGAAAAGAAAAAGCGUGGGGCUGUACGAAAGAGUGCAGGAACGUAAAUUGCGCGACUGUAACUGACGGCGACUGGCGCCCUGUGCUUAUCGAUUGGCACAGCGUCUACGACUUGAAGAGGAUGUUCUCUUCGUAGGAAGACCAUCCUCUUCCUGAACAGUAGGUCGCGGAGGGUCGGGGUAAAGGGGACUAGUCGAAAAUCGAUAAGUGGCUGCUGCAACUGUUAGCGGUGCAAUGGCCUCCAAACCGGGAAGGUCCUACUCCGUGAGAUCUCCGCGUGUCGGUGGUCCACUUUCACAGUCCCUCGCAAUGAUACCCCCUACAAUGCACGGGCACGAGUUCAACCAACCCUUAUCGAGGGUGGUAAUGGUGCGUAAGACGGACCAAAGGACCUUCAGUAAGGGUCGACGCGGUGGAGAACCCCUGCUUGAAACCGUCACGAGGGAAACCGUCGAACUGUUUAAUGGCGGCCGAGCCGAAAGGAAAUAUACAUCUGAAACACGUGACAUUGUCACGCCAAAGUCAAACAGUAUGCCUUCGCUGAGCGUAAGCGGCACCAAAAAGAAGGUUGUCGGUUUUGUCGAUCAGCUGUCGCCUGAAAGGUCCAGAGCCGAUUCUGUCAGAUCAAAGUCACCGCUCACAGCAUCCCCAGCAUCCCCUGGACCACUGUCCAACUCUUUACACGGUAGCUUUCAUGGGAGUCUGGGAAGCGAUGGGAUGUCGUGUAGCAGCGCCAGAUCGUCAUCAGCAUCCCCGGACUCUGCACGAUACUCAUCAUCUCAGAUUACAAAGACUGACACGCGUAAACCGUCUGUGCGCAGAUCGGGGCCGCCCAAAGAAUUCGUCUACGUCUGCCUCGACACCCACAACUUCUACCGUGCGCGCCAUGGUGUACCGCCCUUACGACUCAACAAGCAGCUGUGUAAAGCGAGUCAGGAUUGGGCGAACAUUUUGGCUGCCAAAAGCAGGUUAGAGCACAGGACGAAUAUUGAUUAUGGCGAAAAUCUUUACUGCAUGUGGAGCUCAAAUCCUAAGACAAUCGUGGGUGGCGAGGAACCAGUUAACGAGUGGUAUGCUGAGGAGGCCCAGCAUCAAUAUGGCAAGGAACCCACAACACUCAAGACUGGACACUUCACUCAGGUGGUAUGGAGAGACAGUACGGAACUCGGCGUGGGAAUGGCAAGGAAUCGAAAUGGUGAAGUCUAUGUUGUCUGCAAUUAUAACCCUGCCGGUAAUUUCCUGGGCAGCUUUAUCGACAACGUUCUUCCGCCCAGCGGCAAUUGUCCUCCUGGUAAGAAACUCAAUAGCGAGAAGAGUCUUGUCUCUGUAGAUGAAGAAACCUGGCAGCAAGAAGCACUCGCAGUUCACAAUGAAUACAGGCGAAAGCACGGGGUGCCUGAUCUGAGAUUAAAUCCUGAUCUAACAGCAGCUGCUAAAGCAUGGGCUUGUACUUUACUGGUUACUCACAAACUCGUGCCACAACCGUCGUCACCUUACGGCGAGAAUAUUUACUCCAUGCAAUGCUCUGAUCCAAAAAUGAUGGUUUCUGCGCGUGAGGUGAUAUCCAAAUGGUAUUCCGAGAAAAAGGAACACAAAUUUGGUAUUGAACCUAAAGUUUUGAACACAUGUCACUUCACGCAAAUCGUAUGGAAGAAUACGAGUGAAGUAGGUAUCGCAGUGGCGAAGAGAGAUGGCACCUGCGUCGUGGUCGCUUGUUACCAUCCGAGAGGCAAUAUCAUCGGUCAGUUUACAGAAAACGUACCGAGGCCAAGGAAGAGCUUUUGAGACUUCGCCAGCCACAGAAAACCUGUUGAUAAUGUAUCUAAAGCCUGUAUUUAUAUAUCGUAUUACAUUCAUACUCUCGUGUGUCAUGUAUAAACAUACAUGCGUGUAUAUUAGAAUAAAACAUUCCACAUGCGCGACGACAUAUCUUCCUUUUA